AUGGCCCCACUUCCGGCGGCUCGGAUAACUCCCGGUAUGCGGCCAUUCAGUUUUGCAGGAGUUGACUACUGUGGGCCGAUAAACGUCACCGUCGGGCGCCGAACAGAAAAGCGAUGGAUAUGCCUGUUUACGUGCCUGACCACAAGAGCAGUCCAUCUUGAUGUGGCUCACAACCUGACAACGCAAGCCUGUUUGAUGGCAAUCAGGCGAUUUAUUUGUCGCAGAGGAAAGCCGAUUGAAUUCUUCUCUGAUAAUGGCACAAAUUUCAAGGGAGCUAGUAAGCUGAUGGUGCAAGCGAUCGAUGGAGAGUGUGAAGACGUGCUAACAGAUUCCCGGACACGCUGGAACUUCAACCCGCCUAGUGCACCACACAUGGGCGGAGCCUGGGAGAGAUUAGUACGGUCAGUGAAAGCGGCGUUAACAGUGUUCAACGACGGAAGGCGGUUGACGGAUGAAAUGUUGCUGACAACGUUGGCUGAAGCAGAAGACCUCAUAAACUCUCGGCCGUUAACGUACAUGGGUCAAAGUGCUGAUGCAGGCGAGGCUCUAACACCAAACCAUUUUCUAAAAGGUGUCGAGACGAUCAGUAGCAGAGGAGCGCCACACACGGAUGAGGCGGAAGCUUUGCGCGAUAGCUUCAAACGGACGCAGGUCUUAGCCGACUUGCUAUGGAAGCGAUGGAUUGUGGAAUAUUUGCCAAGCAUCAACCAGCGAUCGAAAUGGUACACGGAGGUUCAGCCAGUGGAACGUGGUGAUUUGGUGUACAUAGCAGAUGAGAGCGCAAGGAAGAGCUGGAUUCGGGGCUUGGUAAUCGACGUCUUUCCUGGAGCGGACGGCAGGAUACGGCAAGCGUUGGUGCGAACGUCGAAGGGAGAGUUCCGGCGCCCAGUAGCGAAGCUGGCGGUGCUGGAGGUUCAGGCCAGUAAAUCUGGAGCAGUGAAACCCUUACCAGAAUUACGGGGAGGGGGUAUGUACGCACCUUCGAGCACUUUUUACGCGCCUUGGCGCACAACAUCCCUGUCGACUACUAAUGACAUUGAUGCUGUGGUAGUAAGUAGUGGUAGUAGUAAGUAG